CAGGCUCGGGGACUUGCGCCUGCGCUUGGAUCCCGAGGAGGCCCUGGCAGUCCUGGGCCUUUUGGACUCCUUGCCUGAGGGCGAGCCCCUGGAUCUGCUGGGAGACUUCAUCCAGUCUGAGCUGGCCGUGAGUGUCCGUCAGAUCAUGGUGCCCGAGACCGGCUCCGCGUUGGAAUCCUGGCCGGAGUUGCACGUGAGCUGCGAGGAGCCGGUGAGGCUGCUGCUUCCAUGUGGAGCACUGCGGCCGUUGGUGUUCAGCUGCCAGCUGCACGCACCGAAGGACGCCACAGACCUCGAGCUCAGCGAUCUUCUCGCCUGGUCCGCCCCGCUGCCGGACACCUCGCUGCCGGCGCCCGGGCAUGGCACCUGGACGGCCCCGGAGAGGAUUCUGCACUGCCAAUCCAUCACCCUCUCCUUGAAGCAGCAGGACGUGGAGCUGAACGUGUCGCCCCUGCGGCUGGCGCUGCGGCCGCAGGACUUGGCGCUGCUGACGCAGAGCCUGCGGCGCUGGUCCUCCGCGCGACAGGACGUGGUGCCGAUCAUGGAGAAGAGGAACACCUUUAGCAGCUCCUUCGCCAGUUCCUUCGAGCUGUCCUCGCCGCGCUACUGGCACUUCUCCUUGAUGCUGCAACUGCCACGCCUCGAUGUGGACUUCUUCCUGGGCCACAGCCCAGUGCUGCGCCUGCGGUUCCGCGACGCGGCGCUGGCGCUGUCCGGGGACGGGGACCAGGUGGUGCUGCGGUCUCAGCUGGGCCCGACCUCCGUUUGGGAGCCCUGCAGCGAAGCUCAGCUGCUGCGACUGCAGGGCUUCAGCUGCAGCGUGGCCAUGCCCUUGGAGUCCGUGAGGGAGCUGCAGGUGAGGGCCCACGUGGCGCCUCUGUGGCUGUCCAUUGACUGCGGCUCCUUCGCCAAAUGUCUGGACUUUCUUCAGAGGCUCGGGGAGGCCUUCUCAGAGAAAGAGGCGGUAGACAGGCCCCAUGGCGCGCGCGAAGGGGCGGAUGAGGAGCUCUUCGAUCGUCUGCAGCACUGGGAUCUGUCCGUGAGCUGCACCAAGCUCUCGGCCUUUCUGCCCAGCGCCGCCGGCCAGGACCCGCAAGGCAUCGUGUGGAGCUGCGGGCUGCACUGGUCCCUGCGGCAGCUGCGGAGCCAGCUGCGGGUCUCCAGCCUUUGUGCGUGCCACAGCUCCCGGGGAGGCAACAAGGAGGGUGCGAUUCUGCACCCCUGCCGGGUUCGCCUGGACGUGGAGCUGAGUUUGGAGAGGCGCAUCAGUGGGCAGCUGCGGCUGGCGCCGCUUUGCGUCUCGCUGAAGACGGAGCAUGUGCCACUGCUGCUGAGGACCUGGAGAUAUCUGCUGGCGCUGGAUGCUGAGCUGGCGGCUUUUGGCCACGAUCCGCGGAGCAUGGAGAAAUCCGGGAGUUUCAGCAGCCUCAAGGAUAAAGCCCGCUCCGAGUCCUCCGAACGCAGGUUCUCUGAGCGCAGCUGGCGGGCGGUGUCGCAGGAUUUGGAGCAGGUGGGGGAGAUCGUACUGGAGCUGGUGCCCACGUGGUUCGUCUCCUCCUUGUGGCACGCGGCGUCGGUGUGGCACAGUUGCCGGCUCCAGCUGGACCUUGAGCUGGAGGCCCUCCACAUCGGCCUCGUGCAGUCUUCCACGGAUGCAGAGCUUGCUGUGGUCCUCAUUGAGGACCUGCUGCUCAGCUUGGACCAAUCAAGUUUCGCGCAGGGUGGGCAGCCCUCUCCUAUGUCCGUGUACUCCCCUGGGAGCGCAUCGCCCUCGCCAAGAUCUGCCCGGCGGCGGCGCCAGCUCGCGGGGCGCGCGGCCAUCUCGGCCAACAUCACCUCCACGGAGCUGGCGCGGGCGGGCCACGAC